AUGGGAGUAAUGCAUGAGUAUCAUGGAUGUAAGGAGGACCAAAGCAGGCAAGGAGAUGGUGCAAAUGAAUUGCAAAUGAAGUGGCAAAAACCUCCAGCAGGGCACUACAAAGUCAAUUCAGACGCAGCAUGUUUCAAAGAUGGUGCAGUGGGUUUUGGAGGCAUUAUGCGGGAUGCGGAAGGAGACGUGAUGGUGGCAACUUGCCACCAGAUUGGGGGUGGCUUCACAGCUGAGGAAGCUGAAGCUUUGGCAGCGAGGCAUGCGUUGGUUAUAGCUCUGGAAGCUGGCCUGAGGAUGAUUGUUUUGGAAAGCGACUGCCUUAAGCUUAUAUCUCAUCUGAAGGAGGGUAAGAGGGAUAACUCGAGCUUCGGAAAUAUUGUUUUGGAUAUUAUGGAGAUUGGCGAAUCAUGUACUAGUUUAAAUUUCUCUCAUGUAAGCAAAAUUGGUAAUGUGGUAGCUCAUAAGCUAGCUCAAUUAAGUCAUUCGUUUGGUGAGAUGAGAGUUUGGAUAGAAGAAGCCCCCCUUGAGGUAAUGGCUGAUGUACGUAACGAUCUGUUUUCAGAUGCUUAA